CGGGUCCCGGGGAGCCGGGUGGGCAGGGCUGGGCGCGGCGGGGGAUGCUUCGGGAUUCGCCGGUGCCAGCAGCCCCGCUUUGGGAAGGAUGCAGCCCCAGCGCCAUCUCCUGCCUCGGUGCCUCGGUUUCCCCUUUCCCACCCUCUGACGCGUCUCCGCAUCCUCGCCUCCGCCGCGGUGGCUGUGCCCGGGGAGGCUUGCCCACCUGGCCUCCUCGCCUCCGCCUUUGUUUCCCGCCCCGGAGGGAUGCUGGCACCGGUCUCCUCCCCAGUUGGUGAUCGAUUGGCUGUGGUCCAGCAUGCAGAAGUGAGUGUGCGGUGAAAAGCGGCAGAGCUGAGCUGAUGGGUCAUGAGGAUGUAAGAGCGUUCGAAGGCUUCUACACCCUCUCCUCCAGGAAUCAUGAAUAAACUGGAGGCUCAGCAGGACCAGAUGAUACCAUGAAGAGAAGUUUACAGGCCCUCUAUUGCCAACUGUUAAAGACAGUGCUCUGGGAAACAAUUCCCAGUGGAGUCAUGGACCUCAUCAGUCCAGCUGUUGAACCUGUGAUCUCCGGACAUUUCUGGAACCCGCCAGGCUUCCUCCUGACCUUGGCACUGACCAAAGCACUAGUACUCGCUGUCCAGGAACCAUCUCCCAGGGAACCUCUCCAGACCCUCCCCUCAGUCAGUCCCCCGGGCACCAUGGUGACAGCGCCCCACAGCUCUACCAGACUGUCUUCCUUGGUGAUGCUGAGCCCUCAUCCUGAUGGACCCACCUCACAGGCAGCAGCUCCCAUGGCAACGACACCACCCCAUCCAGAAGGGCACCCUCCUACAGACACCAUGUCCACUGUUCUGGUGACAGCCACCAUCCCCCAUCCCGGAAGCCCUCUGCCCACAAGGUCCCCUCCAGCUGCCAUGGCAACCACAUCCACCCACUCAGAGGGCCUCCCCCCAGGGGAUGCUACCCCCACCAUCCUGUCAACAAAGCCAGCAGGAGCCACCAGCCGCCCCACAAUGCCCCCGAGGGCCACCAUGCGCAGGCCCCCCAGGCCUCCAGGCACUUCUCGGAAGGGUGCUGGUGGUCCAUCUCGUCCUGUCCCACCUGUACCUGGCAGCCACUCGGCAAGGAAGGAAGGCCAACGGGGACGAAAUCAAAGCUCUACACAUCUGGGACAGAAGCGUCCCCUGGGAAAAAUCUUCCAGAUCUACAAGGGUAAUUUUACAGGGUCUGUGGAGCAAGACCCCUCUGCUCUUACCCCCAAGACCCCACUCUGGGGCUACUCCUCUUCACCACACCCCCAGACAGUGGAUGCAACCACACCACCCACAAGUACCUCGUGGGUGCCCACCACCAUCCCCCUGGUACCUGCAAAGGACAAGCCAGACCUUAUCAGAGCCGUCCAGGGGGCUGGUCCCACCUUCACCAGCCCAGGAGGGGAGCCGGACACCACAGCAGCCUCAGGUGCCCCUGCCGGUUCACAGCCUGCCCCAGUGCCUUCUCAGCGGCCCCACAGUGACAUGCAGGACAGCUCCAGUCACAGUGACUCUUGGCUUGCUGUCACUUCUGACACUGACAGACCUCUGUCUGUCAGCUCUGGGAUCUUCACGGCUGCCCCAGGGCCUACCCAGGCUGCCUUUGAUGCCAGUGUCUCAACCCCUUCCCAGGGGAUCCCUCAGGGAGCAUCAGCAACACCACAGGCCCCAACCCAGCCCCCUGGGGUCUCAGAAAGCACUGUUUCUCUAGCUGAAGAGGAGGCUAAGGCUUCCCCUGCAAUGGAGGAGACGGAGGCCUCCCCUACAACAACCGACAGGGUGCCCAGACCUCUUUCUACAGUGGUGUCUACAGCCACAGGAAACUUCCUUAAUCGCCUGGUACCUGCUGGGACCUGGAAGCCUGGAACAGCAGGAAACAUCUCCCAUGUGGCUGAAGGGGACAAACCCCAGCACAGAGCCACCAUAUGCCUGAGCAAGAUGGAUAUUGCCUGGGUCAUCUUAGCCAUCAGUGUGCCCAUCUCUUCUUGCUCUGUCUUGCUGACCGUGUGUUGCAUGAGGAGGAAGAAGAAGACAGCUAACCCUGAGAACAACCUGAGCUACUGGAACAAUGCCAUCACCAUGGACUACUUCAACAGGCAUGCAGUAGAGCUCCCAAGAGAGAUCCAGUCCCUGGAGACCUCAGAGGACCAGCUCUCAGAGCCCCGCUCCCCAGCCAAUGGUGACUAUCGAGACACUGGAAUGGUCCUUGUGAACCCCUUCUGCCAGGAAACACUGUUCGUGGGAAACGAUCAAGUCUCUGAGAUCUAGCUGCAGCAGCCUCCACUUUGCCACUCCUUAUUUUUCGUCUCUAAAUUAUAAAUAUACAAAUAUAUAUUAUGAAUAUAACCUUUGUGUAACCCUGAAAUAAUAGAAACAUUUUCAGCUUUUUUUCCUAAAACUUGUCAACAUCUUUUUUAUAAGUGUGGUUUAAAAAAAAAAAUCUUUACAGAAUGACCCGUGGCUUUAUAAAAUAAAGGUAUUUCUAAGCAAA